UCAAGACGCAUCGAGUCGGUUGCAUCUCAAAAAGAGGUACAAAUAUAUAUACCCAUUGAAUUAUAUACGCAACGAUUCUGUUGCAUCACAAAAAGUCAUGAUUUAAUUUAUAUGAAUUUUUAGGUUCCCGGUCGAAUGUUGAAAAAAGCUGGUAAGGAUAUUCCAACGAAGUCCGGGACAAAAACAAAUCCUAAAUCUCAAAAAGAGGUUCCCGGUCAAAUGUUGGACAAAGCUAGUAAGGAAAUUCCAACGACGUCCGGGACAAAAUCUCAAAUUAUGAUGCGUCUUGAGAAAAUGGUGGAAGAGUCAGAUAUUAUGCACGGCGCCAUCCGUAGUGUAGAUAUGGAUGAAGGUGUUUUCGGAAUUGCUCAUUCCGAAUUAAUUGCAAAGGAGGACAUGCAACAACUUUUUGAACACGAAGAAUUGGGCAUCGCUGUCAUUCAUACAUACAUAUGGUACUCCGAUCAAUCUAUUAUUUACUUAGUUGAACAAUUUAUUUACACAUUUCAAUGAGUAGUCUAAUGUUUAUUAUGUUUCUAUUUAAGGUAUAUGUAUGACACAUUGA